AUGACGGAAGGCGGUGUUGGAAACGCUCCACUAGAAACCACAGUAGGGAAGUUAUUGCAAAUCAUCCAAGAAUUGGUUGCUAAGUUCGCCACCUUAGAAUCCGCACCUAGAAAAAGGAAUGGAACCGAAGCACGAAAUCCUCAGAUCCACAGAGACGAGCAACCGGCAACACAAACAGAAGCCUGUUUUGGAGAAUUGAUAAGUAACGAAGAAGAGGAGGAAGCAUUUAUAAGAGGUGGUAAUAGAAACAACAGAUGUAACACCAAUGGACAAAGAUCCGCCACCAGCAACGGAUGGGAAACCAAGCAACACACCGCAAAAAGCUCCACGCAAAAAGAAAGAACUAUCAAGGAUUGA